CAUACCCCAGCCUAAAACUAACCCCUUCAUUCUUUGUGUGUAGAAAGAAGAGAAGGAGAGAAAUGGCAGACCAAAUGUUUUGUGGGGCAUUUGGCCCAUUCCUCAACAAGGUGAAGCCUUACUUGGCUAUGGUUUCCUUGCAGUUUGGUUACGCAGGGAUGUAUAUUGUUACAAUGAUGUGCUUCAAAAGGGGAAUGAGUCACUGGAUUCUUGUUGUCUAUCGCCAUGCAUUUGCCACCCUUGCUGUUGCACCCUUUGCCAUUGUUCUUGAAAGGAAAAUAAGGCCAAAGAUGACACUCAGGGUCUUUAUUAAAAUAUUGGCUCUUGGUUUUCUAGAGCCAGUUAUUGAUCAGAACUUGUACUAUGUGGGACUGAAGAGCACAACUGCAACCUAUGCAUCUGCCUUUGUCAAUCUUCUCCCUGCCGUCACCUUUAUUCUUGCAGUUAUUUUCAGAAUUGAGAAAGUAAACCUGAAGAAGAAAUCAAGUAUGGCAAAGGUGAUAGCUGCAGCCGCCGCGUCCACCCCCGAGAACUGGGUCGCCGGAACCAUUGAGCUCAUCUCUUGCAUUGUUGGUUGGUCCGGUUUCUUUAUUGUUCAAUCGAUGACAUUGAAGGAGUACCCAGCAGAGCUAUCUCUGGCAGCAUGGGUAUGUGUGAUGGGCAUAGUGGAAGGAGGAAUUGUUGCUCUUAUAAUGGAACGUGAUUGGAAUGCAUGGAAAAUUGGCUUCGACGCUAGGCUCCUUGCUGCUGCUUAUUCUGGAAUCGUUUGCUCGGGAAUUGCAUAUUACGUGCAAAGUAUAGUUAAUAAAGUUAAAGGCCCAGUGUUCGUGACAGCCUUUAGCCCUUUGAGUAUGGUCAUCACUUCUGUUCUUGCUGCUAUUAUCUUGGCUGAGUCAGUCCACCUUGGAAGCUGCAUUGGAGCAGUUAUCAUAGUCAUGGGACUUUACUCUGUGGUGUGGGGAAAGAGUAAGGAGGGUAAAGGAAAUGAGACAGGAAAAGACCAAGAAUUACCAGUUGUGGACAUCAAAGAAAGGUCAACCAUAGUUGACGAUAUUAGUGAUGAUGUUACGACUGUGAAAUCAAAGGUUCCAGCUGAGAAGAAGGCUUCAAUCUUGCAAGAGCUGUAGCAUCCAAAAAUGAAGCUGUCUUUGCAAUUUUAAUUUUUGACUUGUUGCAAUGUUUAAAUUUCUAAGUGUUGCUUUGAAACAAUGCACUAAUGUUGCCGAUUGUUCUUGAUGAAAAAAAUGUGUAACCUACUUUUUGUGUAAAAGUCAAGGAGUGGUCUCUCCAUUUGGGAAUGAAAAAUGAAAAUGUUCUAAUUUACCCUUAAAAUUAAAUGGGUAGUAAAAGCUUCGCGUUCAGCUUUUUA